GGGAGACGUGCCGAGGCGUGGGGUCUUGUUGUACUACCCAUCCCUGUCCCAAUCAACUGAUCGCCCGCAGAACGAGUAGCAGCUGCAGCAAGGAAGGCAGGCGCACCGGUUGUUUCGCCGAAUUCGCAGGCGCAGAUACUGAAUUCACACCAUGACUUCUUUGGACACUGUGAGAGGGGAUCUUGCUCUGGUCAUUUUGUACCUAAACAAGGCUGAAGCAAGAGAUAAGAUCUGCAGAGCUAUACAGUAUGGAUCAAAGUUUCUGAGUAAUGGAGAACCAGGGCCUGCGCAGAACGUCGACAAGUCAACUAGUCUAGCUAGGAAAGUUUUCAGGCUUUUUAAGUUUGUCAAUGACCUGCAUGCUCUAAUUAGUCCUCCUGCCAAAGGAACUCCACUUCCACUGAUCUUACUCGGAAAGUCGAAGAAUGCAAUGCUGUCAACUUUCCUCUUCUUGGAUCAAAUUGUGUGGGCUGGGAGGACAGGAAUAUACAAGAACAAGGAGCGAGCGGAGUUCCUCAGCAGGAUAGCUUUCUAUUGCUUCCUCGGUUCUAAUACCUGUACAACCAUUAUUGAGCUUGCUGAGCUCCAACGGUUAUCCAAGUCGAUGAAGAAGCUAGAGAAGGAGCUUAAGCACCAAGAGUUGUACAAGAACGAGCAAUACCGGAUGAAGCUGCAGAAGUCCAACGAGCGGCGUCUUGCUCUGAUCAAGUCGAGCCUGGACAUAGUUGUUGCCGUGGGGCUGCUGCAGCUGGCCCCGAAGAAGGUGACCCCCCGCGUCACCGGGGCGUUCGGCUUCGCCAGCUCACUGAUCGCUUGCUACCAGUUGCUUCCGAGCCCACCCAAGAGCAAGUGAUGCGAUCUGUAGCCGAGGGCAGCUGGUGUCUCCAUCCCCUACUGAUGGCAUCGACGACAACAAAUAAAUCCGGAAGAAACUCUCCGUGUAGCAUAUUUUGGUAGACACUUGUAUUGUUGACUUGGUUAUAGUCCUUUGUGGCUGAUUAUUGUACGAUCCAAGUUGUAGCUUGCGGUGCCGUGACUUGUCAUCAGUUGUCACGAAAUAAGAAAUGGCCCUUGCGAACUGUGAA